AUGAAGCUCACUACUCUGAAGCAGAAUUCUACACUGAAUGCACAGGUGCUGGAAGCAAUCCAUCCAAGGGAUUUCGGGACCUACCUUCCUUCGUGGACUGAAAUUCGUGAUUUAAGCAAUGAGGAGCUCAUCACCAUUGUUGAUCGAGAGAGAAAGAGGCACUCGGAAGUCAACAACCAUGCCUAUGAUCAUCCCCAAUGCUCAAAGGUGACGCUGCCCGAUGGACGUAUCGUGUACCGCUUAUGA